CCUGAACCGAAAGUGAAAGAAAGCUUCUUCACAUCGCGUCUCUAAAGUUUUUAUGAAGUAGAUUUCUUGCUCUGUUUCCGUUUGUUUAAACUGCCUUUUCUGCUAAACGUGUAUUUUCCUCACAACAUGGAAAGAGAGACGGACUAUUGGCAGGAGACUGCAGUCAAUGUGAAACAUUAUGAGUGGCAGCUGUCAAAUGGACGUCAGUGGCUGCCAAUCGGCAACGACCAUGUGAUCGAGACCCACUACUGCCAACCUGGAGCUAAAGGAAUCUCCCUCAACUUCCUUCAUCGGGAGGUGUUCAUAGACUUUGAUAAGUUACAGACUCUGACUGAAGAUGUGAAGGUGCAGAGACUAAGCUUCCUACAUCAGGGCCAGACGGAGGACGUGGGCUGGUACUUCAGAGGUGACCAGCUGUGGCAUGAAUAUGGAUCCCAGAGCUCCAGCAUGCUGUCCUCUUCGAUCAGCAGCGAAGAUGUCGAGCGUCAGUUCCUCCUCAACCCUCAGGGAACCUUCAGCUUCACAGUGGGCUCCACGGGUUACUCACUCCACUUCUCCGCCAUGACGCAAACAAACAGCAUCACAGGCAUGCGCAGGAAUGUACGAAGGCGUCCAAAAUUCACUUCCAACGCAGAAAGCCUUUACUCCACCACAGCCGCCGCCUCCCAGCUCACUGAUGGAGGCUACAAGUGGGAGUUCAUGGGAGACGAGGGGAGAUGGACAGAAUACAAAGCACAUAGAUGUUCAUUUGACAGCACUGCCCUUGAGAGACAAUACCAGCUGAACCCACAGGGCCAGCUGAAGUUCAUCAUCAAGAGAUACUCGUACACUCUGGACUUUUCAGGCAUGUGUCAAGUCAAUGACAAUAUCGGGACUAGAAGAGCAGUGAGGAGGACUGCGGGAGUCAGCAGUUCGGGCUCUCUGCCAUGUUGGCAGUUUAAAGACAUCGAUGGCAUAUGGAAAGAUUAUUCCCAAGUGAGCAGCGUUACCAGUGAGGACAUCGAGCUCCAGUACCAGCUGACCCCGUCGGGCACCAUGAUGUUCACCACCAGGAAAUUUAGCUAUGAGCUAAACUUCUCAGCCAUGACUCAGAGGAACCUGUCCACAAACACCUGCAGAUCCGUGCGAAGACUCAACAACUGAUUUGGAGGUCGGAGGGUAACUUAGUGUAGGUCCUCAGGUACCUCGCUGCCUCAGGUUGUCUCUCAUAUGGGAACGAUUGACUGACUUGAUGACCUUACAGGACAAUUAUUUAAACAUGGUACACUUUAGGGAAGGUGUGAGGGGUUCUUAAUAUUUAUUUAUAAGUUCUUUACAAGAUUUUAAACUGUCCCGCAUGAGUCGGACAAAAUGAUAGCAAAGAAAUGCUAAAUGAGUGAAGUGCUCUUAAGGAAGAGGAAACUGUUUACCAAGCUAGUCCUGCCUCUUGUGUUUGUGCAUCGUCAUCUUUAAAUGUUCAUGAAUACUAACUUGUAAUCAAGAGCAAAAUGUUUACCUUUAACCUUUAACCAAAGGGAAGUUAACUUUGAUGUUUCAUUUACCGCUGCACGCUGAAUCUGAAACUGUUUACAGUAACUGAAUUACUGCCAUGUCAUCAGUGCACUUUGUCUUCAUUAAAAGUUUUUGCUCCAC